AUGAGAGAAUAAAUGGAAUUAAAACCCUCCUCUGCCGAGCCCCGGCUGCCUCUCGCCGACCAACCGAAACUUGUUUCUUCCCCGUUUCCGGCGGAAAUCUCCACCGACGAUAAUCUACUCGGGCGUUGCUUGUCCGACAGGGUAUUAUAAUUGGAAUCAUGGCAAAGUCAUUAUCAAAUUUGCUCUUCAAGGGCUUGGCUGGUCUACCGGCUGCUCGCUCUAGCAGAAUGGUGCCCGGGUUUUACUACCAGCAUGGAAUGAGAUACUCAACUUCUGUACCUAAUGAUCCUGAUACCCAUGAAGAUUUCAAACCUACCAAUAAACUUGAGAGUUCUGGUAUUUCUUUGAAGGAUGUCGUUGAACAGGAUGUCCAGCAAAAUCCUGUGAUGAUUUACAUGAAAGGGGUGCCGGAUCUCCCUCAAUGUGGAUUUAGCGCUCUUGCAGUUAGAGUGUUAAAUUUAUAUAAUGUUCCUUUGAGUGCUAGAAAUAUCCUGGAAAAUGUCGAGCUUAAAAGUGCUGUGAAAUCCUUUAGCAAUUGGCCAACAUUCCCACAAAUUUUCAUAAAAGGAGAGUUUAUUGGAGGAUCAGAUAUCAUACUCAAUCUGCAUCAGUCUGGAGAAUUGAAGGAAAAGCUCAAAGACAUUGCAGCCAAUCAGAAGACUGAAUAAAAAUUUAUAUCACUCGCCAAGUAUGGAGAAGGAGACAUUUGGUGUUACUCAAACCGAUUUUGUUACAACUUAUAAGAUGAUGAGGCUGGAGAUUAUUUAACUCGUCAGGUCUAUUCCCUACUCUCAUGUACUUCUUUUUCCAUUCUAAACAGAGGGGCUUUGGUCACUCCUUUAAUACAUUUUGUUUCUAAUAAAUAUGACCUGCGAGCAAUGUAGGGCCUUUUCCUUCCAUUAAUAUUCUAAGAUGUACUUGUGGGAAUUUUUUCAUACAAAGGUGGUACUAAAAUGUUAGGGUAAGGAUUAAAAGUUGCAACUUUUUGAUCGAUAA